AUGGAAAUGGCAAUUAUCACUGAUCAAGUGCCAACAGAAAAGAAUAAAAAACAAGAAAAAAAUAAUUCUAAGCAACUGCUGAGUACAGAAGAAACAAAUAUCAGUGUUCAAGAAGAUGGGCCCAAGAAGAUUACAUUACCAAUAAAAAUUGGAAUAGACGAAAGUACAGAAUUGAAAUGCAAAACCGAUUCCAAAUCCUCAUCAGUACAAUUGAGUAGUUCUAAACUAAAUCAAACCGUCGUUAAUAUUGGUGGCGUUGAAGUUCCACAUGAAAAAUUAGCUCAAUGUUCACGGAAAUCAUCAUUAACCAAAUUCGUAAAGGACGUGAUGCUCCUUAUUUUUACUGAACAAGAGAUGGCUAAUUGUUCGCUGACAGGCACUACACCGAAUUUACAUGUAAAUCAUAAAGAUAAUGUGCUUCAAAAACAGAAGUUGGAUCCAAUUCGAUGCAAAGCUCUACAUGAAUAUGUAGCAAAAGAAAUGCCAUCGAGAUAUGAGGAAAAACUCGUGCAGGAAGCUAUAAAACAAAAACUACAUUAUAUAAGUAAAAGAGUUCACGGAGUAGCGUUUAAAAAGGAGGCUAAAUAA